GCAGGAAAGGGACACAGCCGGCGCUGAUGCUGGGAGGCCUCCAGGGAUGGAGAGUGGCCUGGCUGGCAACGGCACAGGAGCUGGGCUGGUGAUGAAGGUCAAGCAGGAGAAGCCGGAGCGGCUGCUGCAGACGCUGGCGCCGCAGGCCAUGCUUGUGGAGAAGGACAAGGAGAACAUCUUUCAGCAGCACCGGGGCCUCCCGCCACGCCAGACCAUGGGGCGGCCUCGAGCCCUGGGGGGACAGGAGGAGUCUGGGAGUCCAAGGUGGGCCCCUCCCACUGAGCAGGAUGCGGGGCUGGCAGGCCGGGCUCCCGGGUCAGCCUCCGGCCCCCUGAGCCCCUCGCUUUCCUCCGGCGAGGGUCACUUUGUAUGCCUGGACUGCGGGAAGAGGUUCAGCUGGUGGUCGUCCCUGAAGAUCCACCAGCGCACCCACACCGGGGAGAAGCCGUACCUCUGCGGCAAGUGCGGCAAGAGCUUCAGCCAGAAGCCGAACCUGGCGCGCCACCAGCGGCACCACACGGGCGAGCGACCCUUCUGCUGCCCCGAGUGCGCGCGGCGCUUCAGCCAGAAGCAGCACCUGCUCAAGCACCAGAAGACCCACUCCCGGCCCGCCACCCACUCGUGCCCCGAGUGCGAGCGCUGCUUCCGUCACCAGGUGGGCCUCCGCAUCCACCAGCGCGCGCACGCCCGGGACCGCCAGGGCUCCCGCGCCGGCCUGCACGAGCUGAUUCGGGACGCGGCGGCGCGCCGGGCCUGUCGCCUGCAGCCGGGGCCGCCGCGGGGGCGCCCCGAGUGGGCCUGGCUGGGGCUCUGCCAGGGCUGGUGGGGCCAGCCCGGGGCCCGGACCGCGGUCUCCGGCCCCGAGGGGCCGGGCGAGCCGCGCCAGUUCAUCUGCAACGAGUGUGGCAAGAGCUUCACCUGGUGGUCGUCGCUGAACAUCCACCAGCGCAUCCACACUGGCGAGCGCCCCUAUGCGUGCCCCGAGUGCGGCCGCCGCUUCAGCCAGAAGCCCAACUUGACGCGGCACCUGCGCAACCACACAGGCGAGCGCCCGCACCCCUGCCCGCACUGUGGCCGCGGCUUCCGCCAGAAGCAGCACCUGCUCAAGCACCUGCGCACGCACCUGCCCGGCGCCCAGGCUGCGCCCUGCCCCAGCUGCGGUAAGAGCUGCCGCAGCCGCGCCGCGCUGCGCGCCCACCAGCGCGCCCACGCUGUCGCUGAGCCCGCCGUUCCGGCCGGGGAACCGGGCGACCAGCCUCAGGCCGAGGCCAUCCCGGGCUUGGCCGCGAGGCCGCGGAGCUCCCAACGGUCCCCGGCGGCCCGGGACGCGCUGUGGGGCCGGGGACAAGCGGGCCUCGCUGGGCCUGGCGAGCCGCGCCAGUUCAUCUGCAACGAGUGCGGCAAGAGCUUCUCGUGGUGGUCGGCGCUCACCAUCCACCAGCGCAUCCACACGGGUGAGCGGCCCUACCCGUGCCCCGAGUGCGGCCGCCGCUUCAGCCAGAAGCCCAACCUGACGCGGCACCGGCGCAACCACACAGGCGAGCGGCCCUACCUGUGUCCCGCCUGCGGCCGCGGCUUCAGCCAGAAGCAGCACCUGCUCAAGCACCAGCGCGUGCACCGCGCGGCCCCUGCGUGCAGCCCCAAGGAGGAGGCGCGCUAGUGGACUGGACCUCAGCGGACCCGUGGUGGUGCGGGGGAUGUUUGCGGGGUGUGUGUGGGGAGUGGGGGUGGCCAGGAUUGCUGGCUCUUAGAACCCCUUAGAGCGGGACCGGUGGAUUCCUUAAGGCUCUGAAGGGCUGAGAACAGUUCUAGAAGCGUCCCAAAGGGUGCUGGGAAAGGUCCCAGCGUGGGUUGAGGGAGGAGGGAAGAUCCGAGUUCCUCACCGCGGGCCGGGAUGUGACCACCCUCUUCAGAGGUUGGACCCCAGGCUUCAAGCACCGAGUGAGGGGUCUGUUGGGGACGCUGGGAGAGUCUCUGGUGUGAAGUGGCUUAGGUCUGGACUGGUCAGCUGUGGCACCAGCCGGUCCUGCCCACGCUUCAGGAUGGCCGGGGGCUGCCCCUGUGGGAGAGUUGCCAAGACUCGGCGAUACCAAGGAUGGAAGCCAGAGGCUGUGGCGAGGGAGAGCCAAGCAUAUUCCCAGCACCAGGGCCAGUGCUGGCACGUCGUAGACAUCCAAUAAAUAUUUUUGGAAGGAG